AUGGUUAAAUAUGACAAUAGGUCUUUAUUAGCAUUAAAUUCACCCAUAAUCACGGUUAAUAUUGGUGGUGUAUUUACUGAUCGUGACGAAGGUUCAGACACAAAGUCAAUGGAAUAUAUAUUUAAAUCGGCCGUUUUUUAUUUUAAUCGUAAAAACAAUACCAAAUGGGAUAAUAAUAUUAAAUAUAGUGUAGAAACAAUAAAUAUUAGUUCAACAGGAUCAGCCGUUCAAGCUGUUAAAGAUGUAUGUUCAAUAAUUGAAACUCGUCAUGUUAACGGCAUAUUUGGUCCACCCUAUCCACCAUUAGCCACUCUGGUACAAUCAAUGUGUUAUUAUGUUGAUAUACCAUUUGUUAAUGUUUGUAGUACGUGUUAUGAUUCUGAAGAUGAUGAUGAUGAUGGAUUAAAACAAACGAAAUCAAAAAGAAUGUUUGUGAAUCUUUAUCCGUCCAAUCGGGAUUUAAAUCUUGCAUUUCAUAGUUUAACGCGAAAUUUACAAUGGAUAAAAUUUUUAGUUAUAUAUGAUACUGAUUCAGGUUUAACUCGAUUACAAAGUUUAUUAAAUGCACCAGGUAUUAAUCAAACCGAUAUACUUGUACGUCAAUUAACUGAUCCAAAAGAUCGUUCAGUGUUGACCGAUGCGAUUAGUCGUGAUAUAUUUAAUAUUAUAUUAGAUUUAAAUGAUGAUAAUACAAAACAUGUAUUAAGAAUGGCGUUACAAUUAGGAAUGAUCAAUUCGAAUUAUCAUUAUUUAUUAACUACACUAGAUAUUGAUACGUACGAUCUUGAAGAUUACAAAUAUAAUUAUGUUAAUAUAACAGCGUAUCGUUUGUUCAAUAGAGAUAGUCUUAUAGUUAGCGAUGCAAUGAAAUAUUAUUUUGAAUUUAAACGAAUUGAAAAUAAUGAACAAAAUCGACGAACAUUUACAACUCAAGUAGCAUUGUGGAUAGAUGCACUAUCGGCAUUUGCAAUGGCCUAUGAUAAAUUUUUAUCUGGACCAAAAUCUUCGAUACCAAUUGAUUAUAUUCCAAAUCCAUCAUGUCAUUCCGAUUAUCCGGCAAAAGGAUGGCCAAAAGGGAACGAAUUAUAUUCAAAAUUUCAAAUAAUCGGCGCAUGGAAUCUUGAAAUAGGUGCUAAUUUUACACUAUCUCCAACAUCAAGAGGUGGUUUAUUUAAUUCAACACUAAUUGUUACCACUAUUAUCGAACCACCGUAUGUUAUGCUAAAAAAGAAUAGCAAUAGCACUGAAGUGCCAUAUAAUUAUACGAAUGAUGAUUUUGAAGGAUUCUGUAUUGAUUUACUUGAAGAGUUAUCAAAAGUAAUGAAAUUCACUUACAGAAUCGAACCAAUUCGAACACGAAAUUAUCAAGAAAUGGUUGAUCAUGUGAGAAAAAAGGAAGCAGAUUUAGCUGUUGCACCCUUAACAAUUAAUUAUGCCCGAGAGAAACAAAUUGAUUUCACUAAACCAUUUUUAAGUUUGGGCAUUGCUAUUUUAUUUAAAUUACCAUUACCAGAAAAACCGGGAUUAUUUAGCUUUCUUAGUCCAUUAUCGCUCGAGAUAUGGAUAUAUACAUUUACGGCUGUAUUAACUGUUAGUCUUAUAUUAUUACUCAUUGCACGUUGUUCACCAGAUGAAUGGCGAAAUCCCUAUCCAUGUGAUACAGACUAUCAUUAUUUAGAAAAUAGAUUUACAGUUAGUAAUACAUUGUGGUUUUCAAUUGGAACAUUAAUGCAACAAGGUUCCGAUGUUAGUCCAUCGGCAAUAUCAACAAGACUUGUUUCUGGCAUAUGGUGGUUUUUUACAUUAAUAUUAAUUUCUUCCUAUACAGCUAAUUUAGCUGCAUUUCUUACCGUGGAAAAACUUGAAAACCCAAUAGAGGGCGCCGAAGAUUUAGCGAAACAAAGCAGUAUUAAAUAUGGUGUACUUAAAAAUGGUACCACACAACAAUUUUUUAGAGAUUCAAGCAUUCCGACCUAUCAAACAAUGUGGAAACAAAUGGUGUCUAAUCCUGAUGUGUUUGUUGAUAGUAACAGUGAGGGCAUUGAGAAAACACUAAAAGGACAAUAUGCGUACUUAAUGGAAUCAACAACAAUUGAAUUUACUGUACAACGGGCAUGUGAUUUAACACAAAUUGGGGGCUUAUUAGAUAAUAAAGGCUAUGGUAUUGGUCUACCAGAAGGUAGUCCACAUCGUGAAAAAUUUUCUGAAAUAAUACUUGAUUUACAAGAAAAAGGUAUAAUACAAAAAUCCUACAAUAAAUGGUGGAAAGGAAAAGGUUCAUGCGUACGAGAAGAUAAAAAAGAUUCAAAAGCAAGUCCAUUAGGCGUGAAAAAUGUUGGUGGAAUAUUUGUCGUUUUACUAGGUGGUAUCAUCUUAGCUUUAAUUGUUGCCGUUGGGGAAUUUGUUUAUCAUGCUAGAAAAAACCAUCCCGACCAUAGACAUUCUGUUUGGUAUGAAUUGUUAAAAGAACUCCGUUUUGCAAUUCAAUGUAAUGCAUCAAAUCGUAAAUCAUUGAUGACUAGACGAUGUUCACAAUGUAAUGCUGAUGAACAGUAUGAAAUUGAAGAUAAUUCACAUUCGAAUAGUCUACGAUCCAAUGAUAUUUCGGCAACAUCGUCAUUUAAACGACAAAAAAAAUCACUGAGUCGUUCAUCAUUUGAAUUAGAAGAACGUUCAAAAUUUGAUACAAUUCUAUUAUCCGAUAAUGAUAAUAAUGAACAAUUAUCGGUUAAACCAUUAUCAUAUUAUCACGAUUCAAUUCCAAAUAAUAUUAAUAAUAAGAGUCGUCAUCGACGUCCAUCAUCCGCAUCUCCGCCUCCCGAUUAUCAGGGGCUUGUACUUGUUGAACAAGCACCAAACACGAAAAAAUGGUUAUUAAAUGAACCAACAGUAUCGCAUUAUUAUCGUGAUAAUCAUCCACAAUCGCAGAAUAAAAUAAAUGAAUCUACACGGUCACAUCAUGUUCGAUUCUCACCAGAUAUUCAACUAUCAUCAACAGUAUUAAAUCCUAUGGAAGCAUUCGAUGAUCUCUCAACGUCUUCUCGUUCUCAGUCCCUUGUUACGCAUCAUGUUAGCGAAUUAUGA